AUGUAACUUCGUCAUAAUUUCGCGAUUGAUGACAGUCGGAGGCGGUCAAAAAACACUAAUACUCAAACGUAAUUGCACGUUUAGUUACGUUUUUGUCCAUUAAACGCCUGUCAUCGUGAGUAUGUUUAGAACCACGUAAAAGUAAUGCUCCGUGUUUUCCCAAGUUAUGACCGCAACAUGUCACGAUUUUGUGUUUCGUGAGGAGGAAAGCAAAUGCCUACAAAAGAACCCGCAUGCAAGUGUACACGCUGACCUUAUAUGAUGAAUUCCUCUCCAUUAAAGAAUUUAAACUGGUUUCCUGUGGUCUAAGUGUUGAAGUGGUGUCACGUGACACGGUGCAAAUCGUCCCGACUUGACGCGCGUAUCAAAUCUUAAGUGUCAUUGUCGGUCCUGUAUAUUAUUUUUUUUAAUCACCAGAAACGCGCAUACUUCUCCAUAUAACAGGACGGCUAAAUAAUGGUUGCUGUUAUGCACCUGCAAUGUUGCACUUGCACUUUAAAGGUGGAAUUGUGUGGCUUGAGUUUUAACAUCUUGCACUUGAGUGCACCUUCGUGGCUCUGUUGGCAUAGAAAAAGGCACCCGACCAAAAUUCUGCAUUUGAGACCAUACCAAAGUACUUACUUACUGAUAUAGAAUGGCAAAAAUGUACAGUAUAUCAAUAAAAGCAGUUUGGUCAGAGAUGAAAAAAACCCCAUGCCUUUUCACAUUCUUGUUUUUAUUCAUUAAAACUGGAUUGGGCAGUCACAAACCAGUCAUUUUAAAAUAGAUGUAAUUACCUGAAAAAAAUAAUUGAAAGAGGAAUAACAGCAACAAAGAAUAACCGUUGAAGUAACCAGAAAAGACAGAGGACUACUUAAAACUAUUGGAGCUAAAGUGGAAAAUGUCAGCGACACCACUGGCUUGGCAUCACACCAUCAAAGCCUGACAACAAGAUGAGCAACCAGUGAAAGUAGACGCUGUUUGAGCCACGAUGCCUUUAUUUGACGAAACCGUGGCAUUUGCUGGACUGUCAAAGUCCUUAGAUAUGUCUGGCUUUAUUGUCAAGCCGAUGUUUCAUUACGGCGGGGCCCAUGUUUCCUACAACCCCAGAGAAAAGGAUGCAGCAGAGUUUACGACACCUUGGACAAACUCAAGUGCUUCUCUGCUGGACGCAGGAAAAUCAAUACAUCAGGCGCCCGGGAUGAAAACGGGCGGCGACCAUUCAUCUCUUUCUGACAAUCCUGUUUAUGUGGCGAUUCCAAAAGCUCUGUAUGUCCCUUGCUGCCAUGAUCUGGGUUGCAUGAUGGGACACCGGUACAGCUUGGAGCACGGUCAGACGGCAGCCCCUGCUGAAAUUGAGCAUGACUGCACUCACGGGGAGGCUUACCACAACCAGAGAGCAGCCAUUCAGCGAAUUGCACAAGAAAAACUGCAAAGUUUACAGUUGGAUCCCGGCGAAGAACAAGUCAAGCGGAUUACCGCAGAAGGCUUGAACAGAGGAAGGCCGACUCGAAUGGAGCCUAACUAUUGCGGCUACCCCCGCGCGCCCCCUCCUCCCAUGCUAACGUCUUUAAGUGAGCAAAGCCGACAUUUACGGCCUCCCCCCAGAGGCUACGCAGGCCUUCACCCCUCCCGUGCAACAUAUGAGCAUAUGACCUCAGAGCUUUAUCAAGAAUGUUCUCCCAUGUCCAAAUAUGGUCAUCCAACAAAGCACCCAAUGUUUUACUACUCGCAGGCCAACGUGGAGGUAGAAAGCAGAACUCACUGCCCGGAUGUUGGCGGUGAGCAGAAAGAAGACGUUGCCGUUCGGAAAAGCGCCAUCCCAACCCCUCGGGAGCAUUAUGCAUUCCCUCCAACGCUUUACGGCGAAAUCCCUUUGUUUUUGCACAGCACUGAAACACAAGCAAAUCACUCCUUUGCGCAGGGCUUCGGCUAUCCGUGUUAUGCGCAUCCUGGUUUUCAUGUAAGUCAAGUCAGAAACUUAGAGAGGCAACGUGUGCCACCUGGGCUGCCUUCUCACAGAAUCGGCGUGUCGCCAACGGGCCAAAACUUACCCGCCUCGGCCGGAAUUCAAAAGAGCAACAUCAACCAGCAUGUCGGAGCGUUGGACAGCCCCCCUGCUUUGCUGCGGAUGGACCCCAUCGGUACGACAUGGCCAGCAGGUCAAUCCGUGUUGCCUGCCCACUUUCAAAUGAGCAGGCUGUAUCCUUCCAUCACCAGUCAACUUGAUCGUCAGAUGGAUCGACCGGUCCUUUCGCCGUCUGGCUUGACUCAAGAGAGACCGCUGGACUAUUCUUUGUAUGGAGGUCAGGGUAAGUGCUCCAAACAUCCCAAAGACCUCCCGGCUUCCCCAAGAACGCGGCUUACCCAAUCCCCCAAACAAACGGCCGAUCGCCUCCGUGCACCCUUAAAAAACAGGCCAGAAUUUGAAACAGUCAUUGCAUCAGGUAGUAAACCCAACAGAGCUCCGUGCAGCUUUGCCGAUAUUGUUCUAGAAGACUGUCUGAAGAGACGUUCCCCAUCGCUUGUAAAAAUCAAAGAAGAGGCACCGGAUUCACAUGAAAGUGACUCGCUUACAAAGCGACAAAAGUUGGAAAUUGAGGGGACCCUCAAAGGAAAUCAAGAGGAGUCUCCUCAAAUGCCGGUUAUUGACAGUGUGUUUAGCCUGGCACAUGACGGAGAACACCUAAAACCUCCUGGCGUGUUCUUUUCAGACAUCGAACCUCAGAGAUGGAAAGAGAUGUCUGAACAUUGUAAAGUCGAAGCCACAACGCCCCUUAAAAAAAUAACACCUAGUCCAGCGAGACCACCCGCUUGUAUGUGUCCAGAGAGGUCUCAAGUCCAAAUGAUUGAACCCGCAAAGAUAAAAAUUGAAAAGAUAAAUCAAUCGAACACACGCGACGCUCGUAGCGAGGCCGCUUGUAGCCCAACAGGGCAUCAAAUCAAACUUGAACCCGAAGAUGCAACUCUGCCAGACACCAAAUCCAUGUUAGUCAUUCAGAUAUGUGAACCCGAGAAUCUUGAACGGAAACCUUCACCAGUGGAGGUCAACAUUUCUUCAGAGAGCCCCAAACCGGCAAUGGCUAAUGCCUCUCUGGGUAACGCCAGCACACCGGAGGAGCAGGAAACCAACACUGAGCCCAAACCUUUCAGUCCACUGCAACCACCGAAAGUCAAAUUUGACACCAAAACCAUUCCAACUGAGUGCUUAAAGCUUAACUCCACCAGCGAUACCUGUCCCCCUGAUCAGAACGUCUGUCAUCCAGCUGAACAACAAGAGACACCUGUGCAAAUUCAGGAUGAAACAACACCAAGGAAACGAAGAUCUGUCCGUAAGCAUUUCUUAGAGCUGCAUCGCGCCCUCUGCGAGCAGAUAUCCAAAUGUGUGUCUGCCGCCUCAGAGCAAGAGCUCAGAACCUGGCUGUCUCAGCUGGGACUGGCGGAAUCCUCGUCAACCAAAGUACAGAAAGUUUCCUGCAUGUUGGGGGUUCAAGCCAGGGACAAGUGGCUCAAUAAGGAGAUCUGUUCUGCUCUUCAGGAGGUGCUGGACAGGUUCAGGGAAUACAUCGUAUAUGAGCGCUGCCCUUUUCCACACGUCAUGAGAACGGGGGCGGUGUUCCUCCCUAUGCUCGUGGUGAAAGAAAUCCUUUUCCCUGUGGUGCCUGGCACCUUCAUCGACCAAGUCCUGCAAGAACACAAGGUGGAACUGCGGCCCACGACCCUCUCCGAGGAGAAGCUCCUCACCCAGCUUCACAAACCCUGCUCGUCGCGACUCAGGAGGCUGAUGUCGCUCAAACACUUGCCCAACGUCUACGCCGAUGUCAUCAACCUCCUGUAUUACUCCAGUGUCUGCAAGCACCUGGGAGUAGACGUGGAGACUUGGGAAUACUGGAACAUCAGUAGCAGCUCUUCACCAGCAGAGGACACCAAAGCCAAAUCUCACGAGAGGAGCGUUACGAAGGCAAAAAGCAGGGUGAAGAGCAGCUCGAGGCGCCUCUUUCUGGACAACAGCUUGUCUGACGACGAAGACAAUGACACACAAAAGCACGCUGAAAGAGAAUCGCAAAAGACAAGCAGCAGUGAAGAUGCUUUACCCACAGAUGAUUCCUGGACUCACCCGUUAACUUCAGACAACUUUGCCAAUACCGAUGUUGAACCAGAGAAAUCUUCCAGUUUCUCGGCUGCAUUCCAGUUGGCGUCCCACAAGAGUUCGGGAAUGAUCGUCAAGCUGAAAAGGUGGCAGCGGACGGGAAGCUCGAGCCGAAUCCUGCGUCCCCUCAGCGGCUCGCGAAAGCGAAAGACGAGAUCACCUUUGAAAAUCAAGUACUGUCCCUACCUGUCGGCCUGCCACAGUGCCGAGCGCAGGCGCCGCUGGGUUCUACGCUCAGCUGUGCGUCGCGCAAGUGGGGCAUUGAGACUUACUUACCCGGACCUGGUGGGCAAGAGGAUCCGACACCUGUAUGAGGAGGAUGACAAGUCUGAGGUGUGGUACCGAGGGGAGGUGAUGCGGGUCCACGAGGCUCACAGCAACCCCUUGAAGACCAUUUUUGAGGUGCGCUACGACAGCGAGCCCGAGUGGAAGUACUACCUGGAGCUGCUCAUUGACUACAACAAAGGAUGGCUCACUGUUGAAGAAGAGAAAUGACAAGACAGCAGGGCCACAAAUAGGGAGCCCUUCUUACACUUUGACACAAUCUAUGGGCCUGAUUUUCUAAAGCUUUGCGUGUUAAAAAAAAGUGGAUGCAUACUAAUGUGGAAGCUAUUUCAUGGAGUCCUAGUAGGAUUUUAGUCAUGUAUAUUUUUAUUCUGGUAAGGCAAUUGAGAACAGAUUAUUCGCGAUGCCAAGCAAAAUGGAUUAAAAGUCAACUGUACAGUGUGAUGUAGUUACACAAUAAAUCACAUCACAUGAAUAAUGUGAGAAUAAAAGGUUCAAAACGGGCUAAAAUAAAGUGUAGCAAAUCAUCUAUGUACCGUAUCACUCUGCAGAUUUUUGAACAAUUACUGCCAUAAAUUAGGUUGAGUUUUGUUUGUUGCAGUGUAUGAGUUGAGAAAAGUGAAGAGUUGCCUGCUAAACGCAAUAACUUGCCAUGUAGUUAUUUCAUGCUUUGUGGGAGAACA